AUAUAACACUCACUAUUAUAAUGCCGGAUGAAAUGCCUCAAAGUCUUGAUAUGAAAACCGAAAAUUACUGUGGUAAUGAGAUUGUGACUGUCAAGUUCCGUACGGAUGCAAACGAAACCCUGACGCAGGCGUUCAACCUAAAUACCGACAUUGGUGCGCUUAGGUCGCACCUGUACCAGACACUGAACAUGGACCCGAACCGAAUAGUUAUUGAACGCGAAGAAACAGGAGUAGUGUUGCGUUUGCCUCAUGACGGGCAGACGCUCAAGGAGCUCGGGGCGACGUCUUUGGGCAUUUUUGAACUAUACUUGAGGGGUGACGGCAUACAGCUUCCCAAGCCACCCGCGUACUACUUGCCAGCAGUGGACGUCAUCACAGUAGACGUUAACCACAGGAGACUCGUGGUGGAAAUCGAACGGUGUGGAGGGGUGGAAGGCCGUAAGCGGUGGCUGGGUGGGUACCGGGACAAGCGGACCGGCAAGACAUACUUCCAUGCGGCCGCGCAGACUGAUCCCAAGGCUGUCACGACCGAUGCGCCCGUUGUCCACCGGGUGGACGGCCGGACGCAGACUUGCAUCGACAGAGCGGUGGGCCGGGCGACGAGCCGACCGGCGUGGACGCAGACCGACAGCGAUGACUACAGCGGCAGUUUCGGAUACACGGAUGGCAAGUGGGUGAGGCCGAGGCGUUACCACAGUUACCAGUCGUGGUUACAAGAAGAUCACGUUCUAAGCAGCGUGCUCAAGAUACAGCGAGCAUUCAGGAGAACUUUGGCGGCACGAAAGAGACGGCGUGUAGCGGCCGCAGCCGAAGCUGAAGCGAAAAAUGAUGACGAUCAACGGCGGAUGCUGCGGCAGCGGCAGUCCCGCAGCAUGACGUCGGGACCGGACGSUGGUGCGGCUGCGGUGACGACAUCGGCUCUUGAAUCCAAGCAGCAGCACUUCUAUUCGCUGUACACGAUGAUCGGAAAGUGGUGGAAGAAGGAGCGGCAGCGGGUCAAGGAGAUCGAAGUUGAAAAUGCUAGGAAGGCGGCGCAGAUGAACCUGCUUAAGAAGGAGAUCAAGUUCUUGCUGGAGGUGGAGAAACAGCGGUCAGAGCUCAAGUACGAACUGACCAAGCAUGACGACGUGACAUUCCUGAACAAGACGUCCAAGCCGAAGAUGUUCAAGAACAAAUCGGGUAAGCUGCUUACCGUGGACACAGUGGGCAACCAGAAGGCCCGGGCGCUAAAGGAGAUCUAUGCGAAAAUAGUUAUUCCGUGUGACGGCGUUAACCGGGCCGAAGCGCUCGACGAGCUGCAUGCAGCAGUGUCCGGGUCGUGCUACAAGUAUAAGGAACAUUUUCUGGCGGCCGUGGCGAUGGAAAAGGGCCUGGCCGACAUGGGUGCGGAUGCGGACAGCUUGCGGUCAGCGCGAUCCCGCGUUGAGCAGAUGUUCCGGCACUACAUCCGGCAGCCGGACGUGAAUCCGGAAGCGGAUUCUUACUACCGGCCUACCGAGAAGCGCGUGCUCAACGUGUACACGUGUAUCCGGUGCAAACGCAACCUGGCGGCCACCGACUUCUCGCUGGAGAGUCGCGUGAACCGGACCAAUGUGUGCGCCAGCUGCGAGUGGACCGAACAGGUGGGACACAAGCGCAUCGACAUGGCCCCAUACCGGCGUAUGUUAAAGGCGCUCCGGCACGACGAGAUGCAGAAAGCUGCGUACGGGUCCGAGUGUUUCCUGAUGCAGCCCACCGAGGUAUACCGGCUAGUGUCCGUCGUGUGGCGUGAAAAGUCGGCCGUCGGCGAGUCGAGUCAGCUCAACGGACUCCGGCUGGUCCGGUGGCGUCCUCACGAGCCCUGGUCGCCGUGGAACUGCGUGCUGCUGACCAGAGCCGAGGCGGAGGCACACUGUCGGCUGGACGGCGACCCAGCCGACUGCUACGACGAGCAGUUUGUCCGGUCCGUCACCAACAGGCAUCUGAUGGCCAGAUUGCAGUUCAGCAAUCUGGUGCAAGCAGUCAACCACCGGACCGCCGACAAGGCGAAACCACUGUCCAAACAUUGGAAAACCGUCGCUGAUCGUUUCAACAUCAAGACGCAUAAUUAGACGUAACCACGAACGCCAGCACUGAUCCUCUGGAUUAGUCCGUGUUGAUAGUAUUGGACCGUAAUAUUUUUCAAGUAUAUUCGAAGCAUUUAGAAUUAUGAUGAUCUCACGAUACAGGGACCAGACGUUUUAUAUAAUUAAUUCCAUUAUACACGAAAUAGAUAUAGUUUGUAGGUAGCACAUAAUUUAGGCAUAUAUCACCUAAAUAGGCAAUUAUAGUGAUUUCAUUUCCAUUUUUAUUUGUUUAAUGGAUGAGAGAACCAUCAUAUUAUGAAAUACAAUUUUAAAAUAUAUCUCUACAGACCAAUUGCGUCUAAAAAUCAAGACUGAAUGAUGGGUUAAUAUAUGGAUUUGAGUGUAGUUGGAAUUUCAUUUUUUUACUUGUAGGGGCAUUAUAUAUUUAAAUGAAACAAGCCGUUGUGGAGCUCAACCCCCCCCCCACUCCUUUCGUUGAAAUACCUUUAAAAAAAUUUUUACCCGUUUUCCUAUACUUAAUUUAUUAUAAUAUAUAAUACAUCUAUUAUUAAGUUAUUCGUGUUAAAAUAAAUUACAACAUUUAGGUACAUAUUGUCAGAUAUUCGCAUUUUAAAGUAGUCAAACACGGAUCUUUAUAAAUGGCGAUCAUUGAUUAGAGAUAACAAUUAGUCAAAAGCUGUCAAAAAAAAAAAAAAAAGAAUGUAUCAUACUUAAUAUCUUAGUCAGGCAGUCUAUUACUCAAAAAAUUGCUCAAUUUGUUUAAAUAAAGUAAACUGACAUGU